CCAGACACAACAGAGGGGGAUUGUCUUCAUGCAUGGUGGAGCUGGCACUUUGGGAAGCCUCGAUUCCUACGAAAGACUGUGCCGCUAUAUUGCCAAAGAAAGCAAUUCGGUGGUUUUGUCCAUUGGGUAUUCCCUUGUUCCUGACCAGCCCUAUCCAGUGCAAUUUGAACAAUGUCUGGAUGUCACUGUCUAUUUCAUGAAACACGCAGAAGAUUAUGGUGUGGAUCCUUGCCGUAUUAUUAUUUGUGGAGAUAGCUUUGGGGGCAUCCUUGCAGCGACCAUUUGCCAGAUGAUGGUACAGAGAAAGGAUAUUCCCAGACUCCGGGCUCAGAUGUUGAUCUAUCCAUUUCUUCAGGUUGUAAAGCACAGCUUGCCUUCUUAUAUGCAAAACGCGCGGGUCCCAAUUCUGACAAAGAAGCAAGGGCUGAAAUUUGCCUUGCAGUACCUCCAAAAAAAUAUAUCUUUACAGGAGGUAGUCCUGCAAGGGGCCCAUGUUCCUAAGGAGAAGAGGAUGAAAUACAAGAAAUGGCUGAGCCCAGAUAAUAUACCCGAUGAAUUCAAAUUCAGAGAGGUCAAAGCUUUACCUGAUCCCAAACAUCCUUUCGGUGAGAUAAAAGAUCUUAUAGACCAGUUGUGUGGGCCACUGCUCUCACCACUUUUAGUGGAAAAUAGCAUUCUUCAACAGCUUCCAGAGACUUUCAUUCUAACAGUUCAGUAUGACAUCCUGCGAGAUGAUGCCAUCUUAUACAAAAAACGUCUGGAAGACAAUGGCGUCCUAGUCUCUUGGUGCCACCUAGAAGAUGGAUUCCAUGGAUCAGUUGCUCUUAUAAAUAAUUGGGUUGCCAAGUUUCCAUGUGCAGUAAAAGGUGCAGAACAUGUAGUUAAUUACAUCAGAGGCUUGUGA